AUGGUUUCCCCGUGUGCCUCUGCCCCCCGGGCCGACGCGGCACAAGAUGUGAAUUUGUCACGGAAUGCGCCAAUGCCGACGUUGAAACCCCGGCCUGUGCUUCCAAUGCCGUUUGUGUUACGACUGCAAAUGCGAACGACGUUUGCCGGUGUGCAACGGGCUGGGCCGGGCCGGCCUGUGACCAACUUGUCGCUCAGCCUGGCCACUACUAUUGUCCCUGGGCUUUGGCCGUCCUGCCCUGCCCAAUCGGCACUUUUCAAAACUCUUCCAACACAGUGGAGUGCACCCGAGUUGCUGCACAACAUUAUCCUGCCGAUACGAACGGAAAAUACACGUCCUCGGGGGCUGUCCAACAAGUGGCCUGCCCCAGCUACCACGCUUGUGAAGCCCCCUCUUGGCGACCAGUAUAUCUUUUCCUGUAUCAAUGCUUCCACGACGACUGGUUUUACCAACAUCAUCCCUUGCCCCCUCCACCACAAGUGUGCGGGCGGAAACGCUCAACCCAUACCUUGCUCCUCCACGGACAAGUGUAACAAGUGCACUGUUGACAGCAUCUUAGUGGACGGCGCUUGUCAGCAAUGUUCGCGCACAACCUGGCCCGACGAAGCACAAACGACGUGCAUUACUAUGGUGACGAGGUGGCCCACGCGCAUAUUUAGCAAGGUUCCAGUUUUUGAACCUUCCGACGACGUUGGGCCCACCUUCAGCCGAAGCCUCUCCGGCCGAUUGGUCUUGGAGCCGCAGGGCGACGCCGUACCGAUUAAUCGCUAUUGGACUCCGGCGCUGGUUGUCUGUGCCGUCUUCCCGGGGACACCAUACGAGCGCAUUUUCUCGUCCAUCGUCUACUUGGGCUUAUUUUAUCAAUUUUUUUCCAACCACGAAGAUUCCUUGGAGGAUGCUCACGGUCACUUGCUUAAAACCAAUGAUGGACGAGUGUAUGUCAUGGACACGCAGGUCCUUGGCAAUUCCAACACGCAUCUGCUUCAGCCGGUGACGAACCUCCUGACCUACGGCUUCACCAUCUCCUCCCUCAUGCCCAUCCGCUUCAACUUGAGCCUCCCGUUUCAGUUUUUGGUGGACCAGACCUACUGCCUUGGAGUCGACUCGGACCUUGGUUCUUCCUUCAAGUUGAAUAUGACGAUCAACAUGUUCUGGCUCAGUCAACCACGCCAGGUGGACUCGGUUUUUAUCGGUGCCUCGGAGGUGACUUCGCGUAUGUCUGGCGUCCUUCAGUUUACGACCGAUCCGGUGUGUAUCCACUUUACCGCUUCCACCAACAGCAGUGCAACGUCUUGGCCAACCGAAGCAUUCAAGUACAUGGUCGCCGAGCUUGUGCUAUCAACAAACAAUGUCGAAAACAUCAUGUCUUUCUUUGUUCAGACUGCUGGCAGUCUGUGGUAUCCCGUCCUGGGCAGUUUGGCAUAUUUCGCUAUCGAUGAGCCUGUGCCCGAAGGCGCCGAGUUAUUUGUGGAAGCUGAUGAGACGAUUCCCGUUUUCCUCAAUUGCCCUGGUGAAGUCGUCAUUUACGAUUCCCCCGAGCUUCCUACGGUUCUCGUCACAUGGGACGAGCUUGUGGCUGUGGAUGAGUGGGGCUACGCUGAAGUUGGCCCACCUUCAUCACCCCAGGGCAACUAUACGUGGGAAACAGCGCCCACGGAAAUCACUGUAUUUGCUAUGGAGCACUCGGGUGAAGCAAGCGCUUGCACAUUUCCGAUUCGCUACGUUCGUGACUAUGUCGUGGAACAUGAUGUGGCAUCUUAUCGAGAGCUUUUUAUUCCAUGGGGCAUCAUGCCCAUGAGCUUGCUGCCUCAUCACCGAGCCAUCACCUUUCGAUUGAUUGAUCAGACGAUGCCGGGGCCCUUCAUCUCCAAGACUCUUCCAUUACCCGUGCAUAUCGUCCGCUGGGCUUACCGAAUGUCUACCGACACUUUGAUGCAGCUAAUUGGCUCACCUCAGGACGCUGUUUUGUCGGUACAUGUCGUCUUGGAUCUGGUCCCGGCGAUGGAGGCCGAAGCCAGCACGUCGUCCCCGACCGUUGCGCUAUUUAAUACGACCGGCAGCACCAUGAACACGACGACUCCAAAUUCUUCCACCCCGAUGACCACAGCAGACCCGACAACCACCCCGACUACCACCCCGACUACCACCCCGACUAUACCGACAACAAUGAAUGCGGGUGCACCAAACACCACCAACAAUUUCAAGGGCUUUUCCACUACCUAUGUGGCUGACGGCGCUUUCUUGCGCGUUCGCAUUGUCGACGGCCUCAAAGUGGCAACAGGGAAGCCUUGUCCUGUAGUUAUGGCAAACUUCGAGGCGCUCUAUGAGAUGCCACUCAUCAUGGACAAUCUUCUGUUGAUGGUCGGGCGCAUCAAUUUGAACCAACUUGACGUGACGUGCGCAUACAAUGGCAUCGUGUUUGAGCUUGUGAUGCCGACUGGCCUGACUCCAUCUGAGCCGGUUGGAGAUUACGUCCGGCUACAUGUUCGCCAGUUGGCCAUCAACAUCUCUGGCGUCUAUCACGACAAAGCACCGUUGAGUAUUUUUCAGGCCAUUCCAGCAGAUCGCAUUCCCCCAACUAUAUCCUGCCCUGAUACCUUGAUUGCUGAGUCAGAAGACCAAGUUGACGGCCUGAUUCAAUCAGUGGUGAGCCAGAUUAAUGCUACUGCCUCGGAGCCCCUGAGCGACAUUUCAUGGGCAUGGAUCGAAGGCAAUGUUCAGUUUACCGCCCGUGACAUGGCGCUGCAUGCCACAACAUGCAAUGUUGCCAUUUCGUGGCCGUCGAUUCUGCCCGCUACGACAACAAGUGAGCCCAAAGUUGCUCAGAGCUCCUCUAGUACUUAUGGUGCGAGUGUGGCCGCGGGUGUCGCCACUUCAGUGGCCUUUGUAUUGAUUAUCGCCGUCAUCAUCUGGAUGGUGUUGGCGCGCCGAAGGGCGCAAAAACAGAUUGACUUUGGCCCGCGGUUGAGGGAACUUGAAAAAAUUCUCAACAUAUCCGACUCUGACAAGAUGCUCACCCCUCGAGAGCUUCGUGGCGUCACCUGCAUCGAGUCGAUUGGCAAAGGCAAUUGGGGCACGGUGUUUAAAGGCCUCUUGGAGGAAGACCUACCUCUGGGACUUUCGCGGUUCCUCGUCGCGGUCAAAGCUAUGACCAAUGCAUCUCCCAGUCAGCUUGACGAAUUUACACGCGAGGCAGCCUUUAUGGCUCAGUUGCAACACGAACACAUUGUGCGGCUCUACGGCGUGGUCACAACCUCGACGCCCCACUACUUGGUCAUGGAGUAUUGCGAGCACGGCUCUUUGCAAAAUUACUUGCGUGCGCGUGGCGAGCUUAUCGAUCUUAGCCAUCGCAUUAGAUUCGCAGUGGACGUCGCCAAGGCUUUGGAGUACUUGGCCUUUCGUGGCAUCUGUCACAACGACAUUGCAAGCCGAAACGUGCUUCUCAACAGCCUAUAUCAAGCCAAGCUGGGCGAUUUUGGCCUGAGUCGACAGGUGGGCGGUGUCAACGCCGACUACAUUGGGAAAGAUCAAGUUUUCCCUGUCCGGUGGAGCGCCCCGGAGCUGCUUCGAGACCACAUUCUCUCUCACGCAUCGGACAUGUGGAGUUGGGCCGUUUUUGUUUACGAAAUCUUUACCAACGCUGAAGUUCCCUAUGCCGACAUGCCCAAUCAGCUGGUGUGGCACAGUGUGCUCAAUGGGCAUCGAUUGACGCGGCCGGAGAUUUGUCCUGAACCAGCCUUUGCUGUUAUGGCGCAGUGCUGGAGUGAAGACCCCAGCGAGCGACCCCGGGCGACUGUAGUUGUGGACCAGUUGACGGAGAUGUUGCAACUCCUGCCCGGCGGCGCGAGCUUGCUGUCCGUGGACCAAGCGUUUUCCAGCCGAACAGCCUCGCCUGUGAUGAGCAAAAACGGCACCAUCGUGGUGCCUCCGCACGUCAGGGUCGACGCGGGUGCGGAUGGUGAGGAUGCAGCGACACCUGGCAAUAUGCCCUCCCGCAUUGCGAGCGUUGCUAGCCUCAAGCUUUUGCACGCUGGAGACCAGGUGGAGAGCAACGGCUCUGUCGGGCCCAACCGCCACAACGCUAUCCACCAUCGAGGACACGUGCCAAACAAUGACUUCUCCGACUGCUAUACUUCGCGCAAAGUCUUCUACGACUCGACUCUCGCCGUCGAUCGGAACGACGCGCGGAGGGAAGAAUCACGUUCGGUGCGCCGUCAAGAGGCGGGGGAGGGACGAGAGGAGUGCGUGCUCGGGUUGAAUGCAUCGCCUCUUCUUCGCGAAACUACGAUGGGCUUGAGUCAAACCGCCGCUGCCUGGCUCAAGACUGAGCGGCAGGCGAACCAUCUGCGACACACACCUUCACAUUUGCCGUCUCUGCGCAUACAUGAACAGCGGGGGCGCAUCACUCAUCGACACAUCGCCUCUAUGCGACGCCCGACCGCUACGGCGGGCUUCCUGCUGAGUCUAGCCCUAGCCGUGUCGCUUGUCCUGCCUGCCCGGGCUCGCCUGGACUGCCGGACAGACCCUUGUUUGAACGAGGGCAUCUGCCUUCUCCAGGGCGCGCUCUUCUCGGAAUGCGCCUGCCAAUCCGGCUACACAGGUCAACGAUGCGAGACACGAGUUCGCGCCUGCGCCUCGGAUAGCGAGUGCGGUCACGGUGAAUGUGAGGAUGACGAAGGCGAGUGUGAGUGCGACGAUGGCUGGUCUGGCACGUUCUGUGACAUCAAGUACUCCUCUCCCGGCUACUACUAUGACCCAGAUCAGCCUGCAGUUCUUCCUUGCCCUACCGGCUACUACUCGUACGAGUACUACAACACCAUCUGCUUCCCCGUGCCCUUUGGUUACUACCCCAGCAACCAUCGAGGCGAACACACAACCUCAGCAGCCAUUUACGCCCUCCGCUGUGCCAAAGACAGAGAGUGCCUGCCGGAUACCUUCUCGCCCACUUCAUGCUCAGGGCGUUACAAAUCCAAGGAUUAUGCUGGCAUAUGCACGGACAAACAUUACUGCCCACCCGGCUUCUUUGGCGACAAGGAGUGCGAACCGUGUGAUGCCGGCACGUACAAUCCCAACUACGGCGAAACCAGGAGCCGGGCCUGCCUUGACAUCCCGCCUGGCAAAUUCGGCAUUUUCUCCCUACCGGAUCUCGACCUAGCCGACUUUGAAGUGACCGUGGCCGGCAUGACGGGGCCCGCGCCAGUCACGCACCGUGGCGCGACGGACAUUCGUGACUGCUGGAUUGGCUAUUAUUGCCAAGGCGAUGAUCACUUUCCGCAGCCCUGUCCUCCUGGCCAGGUUCCACGCCCGGAUCAUCGUGGAUGCGAGUAUUGUGAUGCUGGCGAAAUCAUUGUCAACGGACAAUGUCAAGCCUGCCCCGAGAACUAUUGGAGCUUUCAGUCGAGCGUGUUUGUUCAGUGCCCUUUGCCCAUUUUCGCCUCCGAAUUCACCGGCAGCACGCUUGAUGCUGUUGUCAUCAACCCUUAUUGGGACGAUAUAACGUUGACCGUCAACUUGGACGUGCAGUCGGGGGUUGAGAUUUUCACAGUUCAGCUCGACUCAUCGGUGGCCCGAGACUCUGAGGAGGAGGGCCCAGUAUUUGAGUGCCGGCGACUCCUCCUCUCUGGUGCCAUGGUCGAUGUGGAGGUGGAUGACAUUGGCUUGGCACGCCAAGGCGCCACUUUGUCCCAAUACUUGAUGACCGAUGUGUCCCUACUUGGCGGUGGCGCUGCACCUCCCAUUCUGCAUGUGGUGGAUCUAGGUGAUGAACCCGCACUCGGCCUGGCCUUUCGCAGCUCCAGUCUGUUAACGGUGGAUGACAUGGCAGCAGAAGGCAUAUUGCAACUCAAGUUGCAAGCCUAUUAUUGUCAAACAUACCGCUCCGAUGUACCCAGCCUCACUGGCACGCGCCACGUGGGCACCGGACGGGCCUAUUUUGACCCAGGCGCUCUAGAUGCGGCACAAUAUCUCGAAGUUACGGAAGCCCCCCCAGCCGCACGCAGCACAUCCUUCGACGGCAAUCUCACCAUCAUCGCAAGCGCCGACGAGUCGUGCUGGGGCCUCGAAUUUCUUGUUGAAGCUGAUUUGGGCGGACUCAUCUUCGACGUUUUACGCCUACACUUACCUGUGCCAUCAAACGAACUACGCACUAUCCUUGAAAAUCGCGUAUGGCUGCCAGUGUCGGACACUAGACUAGCAGUCCAGGCGAUCAUGCAGGCUGAUGCCCAUGCCGAUGCCCGUCUGCUUGCGAGUGGCGACAACUUUGCCCCGUACUUUAUCACUUGCAGCGACCAAAUCAUAACCGUGCAUCAGCUUGACUCGCAGGCCACCGUCACGUGGGUACCGCCUGUAGCCAUGGACAACUCUGGCUCAGUCGAACAGCUCACCAGCAACUUUGAGCCCGGCACUCGAGUGGACUGGGUUGAACUCCCCUUACCUAUCACCUACAACGCCCGUGAUGCCGCUGGCAACGAAGGCCGCUGUAGCUUUUACGUCAACUUGCUCAACACGGCUUGGACGCGCCAGCUAGUGAAGAACUUGCGAUACACAGGUGGCCAAUUCCCAACUAGCAUCGAUGAUCGUGGCCUGCAGCACACCCACAUUGUGACGCCCGGUGCUCCGGCAUUGUUUGCUGACAAUGUUGAGCUUGACAGCUCCAUCCAACAGCUCGAGUGGCGCCUCGAGGCUCCCGAACUCUACACCUUCAAGCUACAACGGACCAAUCAUAUGUUUGAAGUUGUCUUGGUAUUUGCUGUCAACGACCCAAGCGCCACGGCAGACACUAUCCUGUUACAAGCGGAUUUGAUUGCGCCGCAAGGCUCCACCGGGGAAAGCCUCGACUUGUUGGCCAAUUGGUUUGCCGUCAAAACCUGGUACUUGGCGGACGGGUACCUUUUCGUUCGUGGUGCCGGUGCCCCCCACAUUCCCGACAAUCUGUCUCACAUCAAAGCCACCGGACUUAGCCUUGUGCUGACCUUUCCCGCCGGCGUACACUUCUCCACGGCUCAGCUCGAGCUGACCCCUAUAUCUGCCGCAAUGGACGUGGUGUCCAGCCUGCAGCAAACCGUCUUCUCCGUGGUCAAGCUUGAUGCCAAGCCGCCUGUCAUCUACUGCCCUGCUGACGUUGUCGAAAUUGUGGACAGCGCCAAUGAUACGGCCAACUUGAGCGCUGCCGUGCUUGAGCCGGUGCGGUUCAGUGAUGACAGUGGCCUCGUUGAGCUUUUACCCUUGGUCAACAUGACUUUUGGGGUUGGGCGUCACACCGUAACACGCGUGGCCGUGGAUCCGUCCAACAACACGGCCAACUGUAGCUUUCGCAUAGUGGUGGUAGAGCGAGGCACUGAGCUGCCCGACGAUGACGACGCUGGUGGACCAGCUCCACCGCUCACAACACGCGGGACUUUUACGCAAGACAACGGUACUGACCUCGAUUACGAAGCCGCCUCCGGCGGCGACAAGUCGGCUGUUGAUGGCGGUGUCAUUGCCGGAAUGGCUGCGGGCAUCAGUCUGCUUACGCUUGUCAUGAUUUUUCUGUUCCUUCGCAAGACGCGACAACUGAAUGCCAUGGCUCGGAAGGGCAUCAACUUUCAAGAUCAGCUGCAAGAGUUGCAAGGGCACCUGGUAGGCCAAGACGGGCUUGUCACGCCUCACGAAAUCAAGCGCCAUCAUCUCAAGGUUCUCGAGAUUCUGGGAACUGGCAACUGGGGUGUCGUCUCCAAAGGCAUGCUUGAGGAACACAAAUCGGCUGGCAUCCCUGGAUUCAUUGUGGCUGUCAAAAUUCUCAAGCAAGGCAAUACCGAGGCUGUCAUAGAGCUGAGUCGUGAGGCCGCGUUUAUGGCUCAAUUUAAUCAUGACAAUGUGGUGCGCCUUCACGGCGUCGUGACGGUGAAUGAGCCGGUGGCCAUGGUCAUGGAGUACUGCGAGCAUGGGAGUUUGCAGGCUUACCUACGAAAGCGAGACAUGCGUUUAAUCAGUCGUCUCUCUGUGGCACGGGAUGCCGCCGCCGGCUUGGCAUACCUCAGUGGACGCGGUGUUGUUCAUCGAGACGUGGCGGCUCGCAACAUUUUGCUUUCCAGCGACUACCGGGGGAAGGUGGCUGAUCUUGGCCUCACGCGCGAAGCUGGUAGCAACAGCGAGUACUACACCUCGCGCGGCGGUGCGAUUCCCGUGCGGUGGUCUGCUCCCGAGGCACUUGAAGAACACAAGUUUUCGCAGGCAUCAGAUGUCUGGAGUUGGGCCGUCACGUUGUAUGAAAUUCAAACGCAAGCGCGACUACCUUAUGAAGGCAUGUCCAACCAGAAAGUGUGGAUCAGUGUUGCGGGUGGCUACCGUCUACCUCGCCCGGAGGAGACAUCGAAUGAACUAUACGAUUUGAUGUGUUCAUGCUGGUCCGACGUGCCCAAGGAACGUCCUUCCUUCAAGCAGUUGGAAGUGCAAAUGCAAAACAUGAUCAAUGAUCUGCACGAGGCCGAGACGACGCGGACCAUCGCCCACAACAGCGCAUACAGUGACUCGUUUACACCGCGCCGCCCUGCGACAGCGCAGCGGAACAGCGGUCCCAACUUUUACUUGGACGACAUGUCCAUGGGACGACGCUCGCGCACUGGCAACAGCAGCAGCUGCUGCCUGACGAGUCGAGCCGGUAGUGUCUGCACCAGCUUGGGCGGCAUGAACAGCCGAGCAACCAGCAUUAGGGGGAACAUCAGCCGUAACCCUAGUCUUCGCGCGUGUGAGAGCCAGCUGACGCUUUUGGAGGACGACGAAGACGAAGAGAUGCGGGUCCGGAGUCAACGAAGCUCACCUCGCGGGUCAGUGGAUUUGGCUGUACUGGCCACGGGAUCAACAGCGAGCUCGCGAGGACCCUCGCGAGCAACGACGCCAGUACGCAUUGCCGUGCCCCCCACGGUGUUGGAGGCCAUGUCUGAGGAUCGCGACUCGGUCCGUUUGGACGAACUGCCGAACGACGAGGCCAUGUGUGAGGUCGACCCAGACUACGCGCCCCGUGCCAUGCUGUCUCUACGCCGAAUGGCCAGCGAAGGGUCUCAGAGCGCAGGGAUGCCAUUGGCCACGUCCCGAGUACCGUCGGCGAGUGGCACUGCUGCGGCAUCCGAGGCCGGAGACGAUGAAUAUGAAAUUGCCGUGCCCCUCGACACGCGCAAUCUCUAUGCACCCUUGCUCAACGCCAGCAACGCCGUUUUGUACGCCGACGAUGACAUGCUGGGCUUAACACCAAAUAGCAGCGAGACACAGGCCCUGGCAGCUUUGAGGAGCACCAUGGGUUCCCAUGGGUUGGAUGGAUAUGAAGAGUCUUCUGUUGGCCGGCUCUCAAGUGCAGCCUCGAGCGAUAGUGAUGCGGGACAAGUGUAUGCCUAUGACUUGCCAGCAGAAAUCCGAUCGCCACUCGGUCAAGACGCCAAUCCGCCUGCAUCCGAGCCCAAGCUUAUGUCGAUUCAAGAGCGUAUUCGUAGCCUCGUAUCCUAAGGUGAUGAUCUGUUGAGUGCGCAAGAAAGUCGCUGCGAUGCUGAGCCCAGUGCCUUUGUGAUGAUAAGAUUAGAAUUUCCCCUGUGAGUGGCGGGCCGCCUUUGACGGUCACAUCGGCCUCGUUCUUUAUUUGUCCUUUGCUUUGUGAGUGCGCUUGGCAUCACUUGCUCGCCUGGGCUCUCUGAAAGGAUGAAGCACGGCGCAUCGAGGCGAGCGCGAACCCAAACGCUGCUCUGACCUCUUUGACUAGACUUGUAAUGAAAGGAACCAAUUGAUCAGAUUUAGCUCCCA